AUGAAAUUGUUCAGUAAUUGCACAUUUGUGGCCCUUCGUAAGUUGGACACUGUGCCCUGGUAUUCGUUGCGUAUUGCAAUGAACGAGAAGAAGCUUCCCUCUUGGUACCGCCAUAUGAGUGAGUUCGAACAAGUGUGGUUUAUCAACAUCAUGCUGAACGCAAACACAAAAGGAUGCGGAACUGCAGUGACCACAUGGAAGAAAAAUUACGUUAACGAUUACAAGCUAAAUGAAUUAACGUCCGUCAGCACCA